AUGGAGCCCAAACUAAGCAUUAUCGCUUCCUUGAUCCUUUUAUUGUUAUUUUUAAACCAGUCACAAUUGAUAAUCGCGAAGAGUCCGUCUCGUAAGACACAGCCAACCAAGCAUGGAGAGGUGUACCGCGCAAAGAGUCAGAUCGAUUCUCUGAUUUACAAAUUAACACUUGAUUUAAACACCUUUAAUGAAAAGAAAAAUCUAGCUACCGUCAUGCAAAAAGAUGCCGAAAAAUUAUCUCGAAUUGCCGAAGAUGAAAUCGCCUUAUUGAAACCAGUGCAGCGUCUUUUGGAUCAACUAGUGAAGGGAAAUGCUUCAGGUGGAAAUCAAAGCUGUUUUUGCGGCAUUCGUGGUGGUAAAACAGCAAUAAACAUUGCGACAAAAAGCUCUCCUCUGCCUAAACAUUACACUAUAACUGUACAAAGUAAGUAAAAAAUUUAAUUCCUCAAAUCGUGCCAUAUCAUCAAAUAAAUCAUCUGUAUUAUAUCCGUUUAAAAGUUUUGGACUCGGUGAUACAACAAUAAGUUGAUUGAUCCAGAAACUUUCGACAUCAGAUACCGAAACUUUAAUUUAUUAUUUUUAGUUAUUCAAGAUACAUUAUCUCUAUAAAUUGUUAAAUUGCAGCUCUUAAAUGUUACCAUUCCAAAUUUCAGUGUUUUGAAUGAACUUCACAAACAAAUUCAUGAUGCAAGUCUAGCAAAUAACAAACCGCGCGUCAAGAAUGGAGUUUACUGGAUAAAGACUGAUCUGCAAGGAAGCUCUUUAGUGCAGACUUACUGUGACAUGGCCAAUGGUGGCUGGACUCUUGUGGGAAAGAUCAGUGGCAAAGUUGGUAACAUCUACAAGACUUGGCUUGUGUCUAACCACAACACUGCAGCACUGAAAACUCCAAAAAUCACUAAAAAUAAAGAUUUUGGCUGCAUGGAUGCUCGCAGUCUGGCUGUUGAAGCAGCUUCCACGAUUCUGUUGUCCAGUGGUGAGAGGAUGGAUGGCUUAGGAAGCAAGUGGGUUAUGUGGAGACUGCCGGGAAACAGAGAAAAAGAAAAGUUUUGGAAUCAUGCUAUUGGUAAAUCCGCUGUGCAGGAGGCCGUUGUGACACCUGUACUGGUGCAUGCAUGGAAUGGAAACAAAAAGGUACCUAAGAACGCCUUUUAUUUUAAACUGUUUUAAAGGCGUUUUAUUCACAGCAGCUUUGGUCUUGAAUUAGACUUGUGUCCUUAGAAUACACAAAACACGCAUCAGGUGAAGUUUUCUGCAGUAGAACUCUCCAAAAAUUUCCACCGUAAUCAAUAUUUCGAGAAAAUGGAAGAUACGGCAGCAGUUUGUCUCAGUCGUCUAAUUCUGUUGAGUUAUUAGUUAUAAGACUGUGACAUAAUCCGUUAAGCUCGUCUUUGAAAUUGUCAUAGGUUUUAACAAAAGGCGUUGGUAAAAGUAGCUUGGAGCCCUAAAUUGUACCACAACCUAUUCAUCAUUCUGAACUUUCAAUUUUCUUUCUAUUGUCCAUAGAUCUGUUAUCAAAACGAGUUUGGGAUAAUGCCUUAUUCUCUUCAUGGAGGAUCGUAUCCCUACACGUCUCUCAAACACGGAGGCGGAAUUUUGGCUGUGAACGACUACUGUAUGGCUGUGGGUGUCAACACUAAGGGUUCUCUGGCGCACGGCUGGAGAAAUAAUGGCCAUGCUAACGAUUGUCCAAGCAGCGAUUCUGAUUGGCCCAACAAGUCGUACAAACACGGUUCCCCUUAUCUGACGGUGUGGCUCAAGUGA